AGCGGAGCAGACGCCCCCCUAACAGUCCUCAUCCAGGACUGGAGCAGGACUUCAAACAUCUGGUCAGGAUGAAGAGAAAACCACAGGAGGAACUAGAAGAAAUUGAAGAAGAAUAUAACUAUGUUGAGGCUCCAGCCUGGACUGUGGAUGAAGUGGCAGCCCCUCCAGACCAGAGGUCUCUCUUCUUCUCUCGGUCCUUUCCACUGAUAGCAGUGUGCUGGCUGAUACUGUUAGUCAUCAUGGGCCUUCGUAUCUACUUCACUUCUGAAAGCAACGCCAAGCUGACGGCAGAAACCCAGCAGCUGGAAACCCUGAUACAGCAUCUGAACACCACUCUACUGGCUGCACAUGAAAACAUGGCGAAGUACUGCAACGAUCUGACAGUCCAGUUUGAUCUCCUGACACAUAACUAUACUGCCUUAGAAAGCAAGAUCAAAGACCUGACUGCAGUGAACCAGCAGCUGGAGACCAAGAGGACCAACUUAACAGAACAGAUCCGAGACCUGGAGACAAACUGGAAGAAACUCAACGUCAGUCGAGCUCAGUGGAGCAUUGAUGCCUACUGCCCCAAAGAUAAAGAUAACGUGAGACAGUGUCAAGCCUGCCAGGAGGGCUGGAGAGUCAACAACUCCAGCUGCUAUGUGGUCCAUGACGCUGAAGAUCCUUCUGGUCAUAACACCUGGGAAGAAGCUCGAGAAGUAUGCAGAAGACAAAGUUCAGAUUUCGUCAUUGUGCAUAAUCAAGAGGAACAGUAUGCACUCAAUUACUACAGCUGGUUCAGUACAUCUAUCAUUGGAUACUGGAUUGGUCUGAGAGCUGAAGGAGGGAGAUGGAAGUGGAUUGAUGGAAGUGAUCUGACUGAAAGCCACUGGGCAUCACAGUCAGCCUACUGGGUACCAUAUCCACCACGUCCUUAUCCCGGUCAGUGUGUGAUGUCUGUCCAGAACAUGGGGUGGAGAUCAGUGAGCUGUAAUGAAAGAAAUAGAUGGAUCUGCAAAAAGGAGGCUUUAUCUGUUUAAACACUGCAUACUGCUACUUGAGAAGGCUAUCGGAUACUCUGCAUGAUAAUAUUAACUGGCUUAUCAAUAUCAAACUAUGACUUCUACUUCACAAUUUUCAAAACUGUGUGU